AAAAAAUACGAUUGAAAAAAAAGUCCUAAUAAACGAGCCGUUUGGGGAAGGACUAACUUGCCAUUCGACUUUAAAUCCUAAUUUCAUGCUAUACAUCCAGAGGCUGUUAACCCAAACACCUGCGCCAUGAUGAUGAGCCAUCUCCUGCUGUGUGUUUACAUCCUCACCUUCAUACUGGGGUUCCCUGUCAACAUCCUGGCAUUCUGCGCCUCCUGCAUCAAGCUACGUCAAGAGCCGACCCCCAUAGAAGUCCUCCUGCUUAACCUGUCAAUCUCCAACCUCAUCUUCCUCACCUUCCUGCCCCUGAAGAUGAAGGAGGCCGCAGACGGCAUGGAGUGGAACAUGCCGCAUGUCCUGUGCCAGGUCUCCAACAUCAUCUUCUUCUCCUGCGUCUACACCAUCACACUGCUGCUGACAGCGGUGGCGGUGGAGCGCUACGUUGCCAUGACUUUCCCUUUUAAAUACAAAGCGUGGUGCAGGUGUCGCUACGUUGGGAUAGCAAGCGUCUUCUUCUGGCUGGUGUCCGUUGCCAACACGAGCAUCAUUUACAUUGUGCCCGUCAUGCGCUCAGACAAUGUGACCGGCACGGUGGCUGCAGAGGACCAAAAACCUGUGAAGUGCCAUGAUUACCGAUACGAGCCGCGGGCCAUAGUAAAAGCUGUGCGCCUUGAACUCUUCCUGGCGCUCUUCCUCGUCCCUCUCCUCAUCUGUUGCUUCUGCUACAUCAACUUCCUGCGCGUCACAUCCCAGCUGCCCAACAUCACCCGUGAGCGCCGGCUGAGGGCUGUGGGCCUUGCGGUGGUCACCUUUCUGGUGUUUGCCAUCUGCUUUGCGCCUUACAACAUUUCGCACCUGGUGGGCUAUGUGUACGAUAGUAGGAGUGAAGGUUGGAGAGACGUGGUACUCAUCUCCGCCACGCUCACCGCAUGCCUAGACCUCAUGAUGUUCUACUUCUCUUCUACGAUGCGUCGGGCUGUCAGCUGCUGCUGGCGUGAUCUGGUGGAGAAGCUGCCCGUCCAACGCUGCCCCCCAGCUCAAGGCUGCCCCCCCAGUAACUCCGGCAAGAACACAUACUAUGGCCCAAUCCCAAUGUCAGCCCUAAAGACUAGCACUAAGGACUCACAGACUUAAUUGAUCUCAGGUGCUAAGUGAGUGAGUGUGUGAGGCCACAUGGGCUCAGAUAGGUAUUUUGGGAUCGGGACAGCACUUCACAAGAUCACAUGUACCUUGGCGAUGUUUACUAACAAAGACGUUGCUAACAUUUGCACCAUGCACGUGUGUGUCGUGCGUGCUGUUGUUUACUUUCAUUUCCGGAUUUUUCUAUGAUCUCCGCGGUAAACAUCACAACACUUUGAACUGUGGGUAAUUCCCUUAGGUUAAGGCCCUUUCCGAGUCCCUACUCACUUCGACUCGGUUAGCGAGUGAACUUCCUUUUCAAGUCCACUUGUGCGUGCUGAGAACACUCGCAUUGAAGGGGUAGGGGUUAAAACAUGAAGGAAGCUUGAAGGAAGAAGGAAAUUGACGUCAUAUUAGUUUUCAUAGAAAUUAUGAAAGCAAUAUAUAUUAAAUCGCCAAUUAAGAUGUUCUGGACACCCCUGUGUAUUAGGAUAUACAUCCCUCUUCUCUCCUUUCAUUACUAUGAGUGAGGAGUUGCAUUUUAUGCUUUAUGCCUAUUUAACAUCAAAUUAUAAAAGUGCUGUAAAUGCAACCUGCACAUGUGUUUGAAUAUUACAGCCUACUUCUGUACGAUCUUGCACAUUUUACUGA